AAAAAAGAGUGGCACUAGGGGUAAGUUGGCCCGAGUAGGCAGUUCAGGCUGUCCAUCCAGGGUCCAGUUAAUGAGGGGGGGAACCAGAUCUGGCGUUAAGCUCGCCUCCAAUUGGCAAUGCAGCCCUUGAUUUUUAUUUUUUUAUUUUAUUUUUUUUUCUUCUCUGGUGUAAGUUGACUGUUGAUGGGAGUGAGACACGCAGAGGACACUCAACAGGAUGCCGCAAUUCCCCUCAAUUGGGCGGGUAAAACAAACACAGAUUCAAUAAAGACACCAACCAAUACAAGUACCAAUUUUUAUAUUUUUUUUUAUUUAUUUUUCUUUUGCCUGCAUGUCAAUGUCUGUCUGUCCCUCUGGCCGCCGCCGCCGCCGCUCCGCGAAGCCAAACAGGCGAGGCCCCACGGUGGGCGGGAGGAAACGCCCCCCCAACAAAAAAUUCAACUCGCAUCUGCACCUCCGGCUGGAUCUGCCACUACCGGAGCCCAAGCAGGAGAGCGCGAGCAGGAAGGGGGCCAAACUCGGCGUGUGCGAGUGUACAUGCGGUGUACAUGGCGGGAGCACCGAUGCUGCGCUGCUCUGCUUGUACCUCCCCGUAGUGGCCUGUCGCCGUUGAUUGGGCUGCCGUGUGUGCAGCUCUCGGGCUGGCCUCUUCUGAUUUUCUUCCUCCUGCUCUCGUGUCGCCUCCAUUCCUCGCUUGUACCCUCUUUGAAACGGGACCAUCCCACUCCAGACUCGUGCUCUGUCGUUCACGCAAAGGACAAAAGGAAAGGCGGCCCCAGUCCCGGCACUCUCUGCUUCUUCCCCCCUUCUCUCGCUGGAGGUCUCCAUAAACCACACGCCGCCUAUCUUAUCUGAUAGUGAGCUGUGCUCGUGUCACUCUUGGUUUUUCUUUUUUUUCUUUCUUCUUCUCCUUCUUCUUUGAGCCUUGUCUGUUUUGUUUUCCUUG